AUGGCUGGAGACUGCACCUGCGAAGCGCGCUGCGGCGCGUGCGGCCCCUCCGGCACGGGCUGCGCGUGCCCGAAGGGCAAGUGCGACUGCGCGCAGUGCGUGAAUAAGGCGCACACGGCUGGGUGCGAGUGCGGCGGCUCCGCGCAGGGGUGCAAAUGCGCGAAGGAGAGCAAGGCGUGCGAGUGCUGAGCGCCGGGCGGGCGUUCGCCUUUGGCUCGGAUCCGAAUGGUGG